GCGUGCGCGCCGGGGGGCGGGACUUCCGGCGUUCCCGCUCUGUGUCAGUUGGUUGCUCCGGUUUCUGGGAUUCAAGGCUUCCAAGGCGUUUGGCGGUUGCGGAGGUGACGGGGCGGGAGAACGAGGGGAGCGGCGUCGUCCCCGUCGCGGAGGCCGCUACGAGGCUCUCCUGUCUCCGCCCGGCCGUCAGCCGCUCCCCGCCCUUCCCGCCGGUCGUUGGCGGAGGCCGCGCCGAUGAAGCCGGCUCAGGGUCCAGCGGUGGUGGCAGAAAUGCUUAUGGACCCUGUGCAGGUGAGUGGAGGGGGUCCCUCCUUCCAGCCAUCCUGGUUGUCACCGAUAUAUGUACUCUCAGAGAGUGAUAGUGUCCUGAAGCUUCUCUUACCCUUCUCAGUCUCUUAAGUCUGAGUACCAUGUGCUUUCCCCGAGUCCAGGAUCAUGUAUUUAGAUUACAUGCAGAGCAGUUCCCGUUUCUAACCCGUGAUGUAAGAUGCGGCACUCAACCCUGGCCGCAGGAUUCAGAAUGUUCACACGCUUGGAGGUGAGACUUAGCUGGGAUGUUCAGGAAACUACAGGUCUCUUUUAUAGCUGGUGAGAAUGGGGAGCCAGGUUGGGCUUGACUGGGGUGCACAGGUGUCAGACCUUGAGUGACAGCUGGGGCUCUGGACCUCUAAUCUGUGGUUGCUGGGAGGUAGGGAAGGUUUGAAACAGAAGAGAAGGUGUUGUGUCGGAGAUUUUAACAAAUUCCCUUUGGCUGCAGAGGGGAAGACAGACGGGCAGGGAGGGGAUUGUAAGUGAAAUGCUGGCGGCAGUCCAGGUAAGCGAUGUGGCGGCGGCUGCCCAGGACCGGUGGCCAUGCAUGUAGAGGAGCCGUUGGUUUCUGAAUGUGUGUUAAACAGCACUCCUCAUAUUUUGAGAUGUGGAAACUCGGGUUGAUGAGGAAGUGGGCUAGUGGGAAGAGUCAGGGAUGCCCCCAGCUUUUGGCCUCGUUAGGAAGGAUGGAUGCUUGAACUAAAACGGAGGAAGUCCGUGGUAGGAAUUUGCAAGGGGAACGUGAAGAGUCAGUUUCUGUCUGUCACAGAAGUCCCAGAAAUUCCAAGGAAAGGUGUCAGAGCCGUGUGGUCUUGGAGGAUGUGGCCAUCUGUUUCUCCCAGGAAGAGUGGGGCCUCCUUGAUGAAGCUCAGCGUUUUCUGUACCACGCCGUGAUGCUGGAGACCUGUGCGCUUCUGUCCUCCGUGGGUUGCUGGCACGGAGCCCAGGACGAGGAGUCCCCUUCAGAGCAAGGUGAUCCUAUAGGAGGGUCACAGGUCAGGACUUUAACGCCAGGCCCACCCACCCAGAAGUCCCAGCCCUGGGAGAUGUGUGGCCUACUCUGGAAAGACCUUUUGUGCUUGGCUGAACAUGAUGGAAUGAACCCUGACCAAGAGUUAUCUGUUCGUGGGGCAGACCCGCACCAGCACCAAAAGGAGCAGAUUGAAGACAGAUUUUCCAGAAGGGAUGAGGGGAGUCCUUCCUUUCCAGUGAACGACAGUGUUCGCGUGGCAGGGAGUAGCUUCACAUGCAGCAAAGGCCUUCUCCAGCACCUGACCCCUCACCAUGUGCUGAAACCAGACAGGGACACUGAGCAUGGGGAGACCUUUGAAGCUGGACAAAAUGAUUACAAGUGCACUGAGUGUGGGAAAGCCUUCAGCCAAAAACAGGUCCUUGCCAAGCACCAGAAGAUCCACACUGGAGUAAGACCUUAUGAAUGCAGCAAAUGUGGGAUGGCCUUCAUUAGAAAGUUUCACCUUGUUCAGCACCAGAAAAUUCACACCGGAGAAAGGCCUUUUAAGUGCAAUGAAUGUGGGAAACUCUUUAGGUACAACUCCACACUCAUUAGUCACCAGAGAGUUCACACUGGAUUAAGCCCUUAUGAGUGUAGCAAAUGUGGGGAGUUAUUUAAGUACAACGCCAACUUCGUGAAACAUCAGAGAAUCCACGAUGGAGAAAGGCCUUACGAAUGCAGAGAAUGUGGAAAAUUCUUUAGGUACAACUAUCGAUUGAUACGACAUGAGAGAGUUCAUACUGGAGAAAGGCCUUAUGAAUGCAGUGAAUGUGGGAAAUUUUUCAGGUACAGCUCCACAUUCAUUAGACACCAGAGAGUUCACACUGCAGAAAAGCCUUAUGAGUGCAGUGAAUGUGGAAAAUUCUUUAGGUACAAUUCCACACUCAUUAAACAUCAGAGAGUUCACACUGGAGAAAGGCCUUAUGAGUGCAGUGAGUGUGGGAAAUUCUUUAGGUAUACCUCCACACUCAUUAGACAUCAGAGAGUUCACACUGGGGAAAGGCCCUAUGAGUGCAGCUUAUGUGGCGAAUUCUUUAGGUACAAGUCCAAGCUCAUUAAGCAUUGGCAGAGUCACACUGGAGAGAGGCCUUAUGAGUGCAGCGAAUGCGGGAAAUCCUUUAGGUACCACUGCAGACUCAUUAGACAUAAGAGAGUUCACACCGGAGAAAGGCCUUAUGAGUGCAGUGUCUGCGGGAAAUUCUUCCGGUAUAACUCCAAUCUCAUUAAACAUUGGAGAAAUCACACUGGAGAGAGGCCUUACGAGUGCAGCGAAUGUGGGAAAGCCUUCAGCCACAAGCAUAUACUUGUCGAGCAUCAGAAAAUCCACACUGGGGAAAGGCCCUAUGAGUGCAGCAAAUGUCAGAAGGCCUUCAUUAGAAAGUCCCACCUUGUUCAUCACCAGAAAAUCCACAGUGAAAACAGGUCUGUGAGCACUUUAAAUAUGGGGAAAUCUUGAGAUACAACUUGAAGCCACUGACCAGAGAAUUCCAUUGGCAAACUCAGGAGUGUGGAGAAUAGGGUGAAGCUUUAGGCACUACUCUAAACUCAGUACCCGGAGGAGCGCCUUACGAGGACAGCGGAUAUGCAGCAUGGUUUUGGUACAGCUUGCCACUCAUUAGGCAUCAAGAGGUCAUGGGAAGAAGACCUUUUGAGGGCCGUCAGUGCGUAGCCUUAGCACAACUCCAGCCUCAUUACACAUCAGAGAAUUCACAAUGGAAAAAGACCCUAUUUGUGCAGCAGACAGAGGCCUUUGUUCAUCUCAAACUCCAACCUUGUUCCUCACCAAGAAGUUCACACUGCGCCGAAGAGCAUUGCAGAGGGGGAAAGACUUCAGCCAAAUAUCUGCUCUGACCUGUCC